GCGUUUCUCUUUUCUGCAUUGCACAAGUACUCGACCGCUUUUGAUAGCCCGUACGGGCACUUGCGGCUACUGAGGCUGUUUCCAACACUCUAUACGUGGUUCCGCAACAUGCCGGCAUGAUCUCUGCUCGCUCGGACAUCUCGAGGCGAUGUAACCUUUGGUAGCCCGGUCAAAAUCGCAACGCCCAGCCCCCGUCAGCCCAGCCUACUCGAACCUCUCUUCCGCUCUUUCAAGAGUACAAACUAUCUAACGACUUCUCACUAAACGCCAAGUAUAUUACUCUUGUAUAAUCCACGAUACUAUUCGACAUGGUCGUCUCUCGCAUCUCCUACGCGCCCCAGCUACCUAUGAACAUCUCCCUCUCUCCUCUCCUCACGGGGUUGGAACAUGAGGCGCCCUCCUCACCCUCGCCAUUGACACUCAAAUGUCCUGAAAUUGGCAGUCCACACCUCUCACCCAAACUGCCCAAACAACGCAUAGCUGGUCUUGCAAACCAGCCUCAGGAGAAACCCCUCCCCUCUGCACCAGCCCGAACCCCAGCUCUAACGCCAGCACAGGCACCAUCACGAACACCACUGUCAGCCUCUGCGCAUGGGUCGGACAUCCUACCCUCACAUAUUAUCCGCCUGUUGAAUGUCCUCGAAGCGAUGGAGGAUGACGUUGCGAGCGAGGUGCGGAGGGUCGGCGCAAGCAUCCGAGACGCGCGCCGGCUCGUGCAGCAAUAUAGGGAGGAGCGGAUGCGCCGCGGGCAGAGUGUGUCAUUCCGAGAGCUAUGAUGAACGCUCGAAUAGAUAGAAUCUGGGAGCUCGAGUAUAUACGUUAAGAUCACUGACACAAUUAAACUUACUAUGUGGCCACCGUCCUCUACAACGUCACUCUCCUUAUCAUGUACCUUGCUCGCGAACGCCCGCCUUCAUUCAUUCGCCCAUUAGUCGAAGGCUGUGCAUGCACAACACAGUACCUCGUUUCGAGUGCCGGCUGGGCCGCAUGCCCAGAACAUUGUGCAAGUUCCGUGCCCCGGUCGCCGCCUGCGCCUUCCACACCGUUGCCGCGAGGACGGUUGCGAUGAUCAGCGCGAGCGAGCCCGACCACAUAAAGGCGCCUCGCCUCGCGCUGCGCCGCAUCUCCUGUUGCUUCCGCCUUCCCACUCCUGAGUAGGACUAUUCCCUUCCCUCCGUGAACAGCCAUUUCUCCAAUAUAGCAAUCAACUACCAUGU